AUUGAAUCAACGCUCGCCGCAGCGUUUGGAAAGCGACGUUCACAUACCGUAGUCCGCGCACAUUUCUCUCUGUCUUACUUCACAUACCCACCACAGUCCACCUCUGAAAGGUAGAGACUUCAGAAGAAGGCAGGGAAAAGAGAGAAGAGAAAAGACUGCUGUUGGCGCGUGACAUGAAGACGCGGCUUUUGGGGACCCGGUUAAGGAAGUGUCGCAAGCAUGGCAUAUUAUGCCAGGAUCUGAACUAAAAGGGGUACCAGGUCUGGGCUCUCAGAGAUAUGGGUGUCAGCGGUUGAGUUUGCAGGAGUGAAGGGACGCACAUUCCUGGUGUGUGUUAGGGAAUGUGGUGGAUCUCCUUUGGUGCGACGCUUUCGGAUGCGCGAUGCUGGACGAGAUGAAAUCCUGACCGGGGGCCAAAUAUAGGCGCUUAACGUGAGACCACCGAUCCGAACUCCCCUGGGCUGCGCUAAAGCAAAUCUUCUGCCUCUCGUACUCGCGUUCAAGGGGGAUCCACGGAAAGUUUCGCGAUGGCUCUCGUAAUGGAACCUGUUAGUAAAUGGAGCCCCAGUCAAGUUGUGGACUGGAUGAAAGGUCUGGAUGACUGCUUGCAGCAAUAUAUCAAGAACUUUGAACGGGAGAAGGUGGGAGGUGACCAGCUGCUUAGGAUCACCCAUCAGGAGCUGGAGGAUCUUGGAGUGUCACGUAUAGGACAUCAGGAGCUGAUCCUGGAGGCUGUGGACCUGCUGUGCGCCCUGAACUAUGGGCUUGAGACAGAAAACCUGAAAACACUCUCUCACAAGCUCAACGCCUCUGCCAAGAACCUGCAGAACUUCAUCACAGGCCGCAGACGAAGCGGCCAUUACGAAGGCCGGACCACCCGCAAGCUGCCCAACGAUUUCCUCACUUCCGUGGUGGAUCUCAUCGCGGCUGCUAAAAGUCUCCUGGGCUGGCUGGAUAGGUGCUACUUUUUUUGCAGGUCACCGUUUGCUGCCGUAACGGACUAUUCUGUGACCCGGAACAACGUGAUCCAGCUGUGCCUGGAACUCACUACCAUAGUACAGCAGGACUGCACGGUCCAUGAAACUGAAAAUAAGAUCCUCCAUGUGUGUAAGACUUUAUCUGGAGUGUGUGAUCACAUCAUCUCACUUUCAUCAGACCCGCUGGUCUCACAGUCAGCGCAUCUGGAGGUGGUUCAGCUGGCUAACAUUAAACCUACCGAGGGUCUGGGAAUGUACAUCAAGUCCACGUAUGAUGGACUUCAUGUUAUUACAGGAACCACCGAGGGGUCUCCGGCCGACCGCUGUAAAAAGAUCCAUGCAGGUGAUGAGGUCAUCCAGGUGAACCACCAGACCGUAGUGGGCUGGCAGUUGAAAAACUUGGUAAGCUCUCUGCGCGGGGACCCUGCUGGUGUGACAUUGACCCUGAAAAAGCGUCCCCAGAGCACUCUCACCUCCGCCCCAGCCCUACUAAAGAACAUGAGAUGGAAGCCCCUGGCCCUGCAGCAGCCAGUUGUUCCCAGGAGUCCCACCAGCAGCUCGGCCACGCCCACGAGCACAAUCAGCACACCCUCAAAGCGGGAUAGCUCCGCCCUCCAAGACCUGUAUAUUCCGCCCCCUCCAUCUGAGCCGUACAUGCCCAGAGAUGAAAAAGGUGGUGGUCUUUCCAGUGAAGGCGGGCAGCCUGUUGCAAAAGGGUCAGAAUCACCAAAUUCAUUUCUGGAUCAAGAAUACAGACAUAGAUUUCCCCUCAUGGAAGAGGAAGCCGUUCUCUACUGCUACGAGUACGACCCCAGCCACAGACCAACAACGUCCCGUCGAGACAGCACGCCCACUUACGGUCGACUGAGGCCCAUCUCUAUGCCUGUAGAGUAUAACUGGGUUCCCGAAUAUGAGGACCCAGCUAGACUGAAGAGAGAAGGUCGGAGAGAAAACUCUCUGUUGCGGUACGUAGGUGAAGAGAAGGCCGCCGAUCUGGCAGUACGGAGCAUGAAGAGGGACACGGGAAAACGCACCAAGAAAAAGAGCGAAAAGAGUGGAAGCCCCACCCAUUACGCUCUUCUUCCCACCCUCCAGAUGGAGGUACUUCGUCAGGAAUCUAUGAACACGCCCAACCCAGACUCUACAUCUCUUUACCACACAUUCCAGGGAUCCUCUCUGUUGUCCAAGACCAAGAAAAAGAGUAAAGCGGGUAAACUGUCUUCCAUCAGUAAGAGACGGAUCUCCUGUAAAGACCUGGGUCGUGGAGACUGUGAAGGUUGGCUGUGGAAAAAGAAGGAUGCAAAGAGCUACUUCUCGCAGAAAUGGAAGAAGUACUGGUUUGUUUUGAAGGACGCCUGCUUAUACUGGUACAUGAACGAGGAGGACGCGAAGGCUGAAGGGUUUGUUAGCCUUCCGGAGUUCAAAAUGGACAGAGCUAGUGAAUGUCGCAAGAAGUACGCAUUUAAAGCAUGCCAUCCUAAAAUCAAGAGCUUCUACUUUGCCGCCGAUGGCGUGGACGAUAUGAACAGAUGGUUGAGUCGACUCAACAUGGCAGCCGCUGGCUAUGCAGAGAGAGAGCGGAUCCGUCAGGAACAAGCAGACUACUGGAGUGAAAGUGAACACGAAGACAAUGAAACGCCCUCUACGCCCAAGCAAGACAGCCCGCCACCCCCUUAUGACACGUACCCACGACCACCCUCAAACCAGAUGAGCUGUGCCAGUCCCUACCUGGAACCGAAGCACGGUCGCCUUUCGUCCACAGAAACCUCACAGUCUCGAUCCUCGCACGAGGAGUACCGCUCUGAACCACAAGGGGGCAGCAGCAGCGGAGGGGGUUCUCCCGCUCGCAAGUCCACCAGCCAGCGCCGUUCAUGGCAGGACCUGAUCGAGACCCCCUUGACCAGUUCCGGCCUCCACUACCUGCAGACUCUACCCCUGGAGGACGCUGUCUUCUGUGAACCAGGGGCAGGUUUGUCUCCGGAAUAUCGUCGGCAGUCCACCCUGCCUGCCCAGCGCACGCUGAUGCAGGAACAUUACGGCCCCUUCCCCAUGGUUGAGGGGGAAAGGCUCCGAGAUCCUGCCGCCGUGGUCGGAAAGCCCCGCAGCUUCACCCUGCCACGAGAUAGUGGUCUGCAUGCCCUCCUAACACCAUCCUCUAGCAUAGCAGACCAGCGGGACCCCAACCGCAGGGAGCUCAGCCGUAGUCACUGCAUCAACAAUGGCGGGGAACGGGAGAGCCAGGGGCAGGUGGAUUCGCUUGGCGAUUUGUAUCGGGCACUGGAGCGUGCCAGUCUGUCUCCCAUUGGUGAGCAUCGCCUUUCUACCCGUCUGGAGUACAAACACCUUUUCAUCCGGCGUUGCAACGAUCCGCAGCUAAAUGACAAACUGCAUCAUCUGCGCAUCCUGCAGAGCACGCUAAAGUCGUCCAGUUCAUUGAAGAACCGUUAUGAAUCGUGGUUGUCCUCCAAUGGAUUCACCCUCUCCCCCUUCCACAUCAAAUGGCACACGAGCAUCUUCAACCGCCUGUUUGCCAGAUGUGCUCAUCUUAACCCUCACUUUCUCUACAUCUGGUUCAGUGCUGGUAUGGUGUUUGGGAUUGUGGCGAUGUUUGGGUCUGUGUUCUUGCUGAGCAAAACUUUGCUGCAGACUCUGAGUCAAAUGAUGGCAGAUACACCAGUGGGGUCCCAUGAGCAGGUCUUGCAAGUUGUGGUGCCUGGUGUGAAUCUGCCUGUCAGUCAGCUGGCAUAUUUCUUCAUCGCUAUUUUGAUCAGUGGAGUCAUACACGAGUUUGGCCAUGGGGUGGCAGCACUGAGGGAACAGGUGAGGUUGAACGGGUUCGGCAUGUUUAUGUUUGUGGUUUACCCUGGUGCAUUUGUGGAUCUCUUUACCACCCACCUGAACCUCAUCUCUCCAGUCCAGCAGCUGAGAAUAUUCUGUGCAGGUGUGUGGCACAACUUCAUGCUAUGUGUUGCGGCCCUCAGCUUCCUCUUCCUGUUACCUGUCUUCAUGUUCCCCUUUUACUAUACGGGUGCAGGAGCACUGGUCACUGAGGUGAUGGAGGGAUCUCCCUCGAGUGGACCUCGUGGGCUGUUUUUGGGAGAUCUGGUUACUCGGUUGGAGGACUGUACCGUGAGAGGAGUACAGGACUGGCACAACUGUAUUCAACAUCUCUCCCAUAAUCCUCAGACGGGUUACUGUGUCCACACUGCCAAGCUUCAGCUGAGCUGGAUGGCAGGGAGAGCCUACAAGAGACUUGAUGGCACUAUGGAGUGCUGUGGGAACAACAGCAUGUCGGACCUCUGCUUCUCUUACAGUAAUAAUGUGGAAAGCAAGAUGUUCGCCUGCCUGUCGGUCAGAAAAACCAUCGAAGCGAGUCGCACAUGUCGUACCAACACAGACUGUCAGACAGACUUCAUCCCCAGCUUGUGUUUAAUCCCGUCUCUGGAGAACCAAACCAGACUGAUCCGGGUGAAGCAUCCGCCGCAGACUGACAUGCUUUUCGUCGGCUACCCUUCGCACCUACAGUACUCAGUCAGUCUCACCAACUUUGUUCCUCGUUUGGGUUUUCUCCAUCCGGACCUGCCUGUCAUGCUGGAGACUUUCUGCAAAUAUCUGGUAUCACUAUCUGGGGCUCUGGCAGUAGUAAACGCUGUUCCGUGCUUUGCGCUGGACGGCCAGUGGAUACUAACAGCUUUUCUAGAUGCCACACUGAGCUCUGUGAUCCUAGAGAGGAACAACCGAGAGCUGAUCGGCUUCUUUUUUAUGCUGGGGGGCAGUGCCCUUCUAGCAGCCAACGUGGCUCUGGGCCUGUGGAUGGUCACCGCACGGUAACAGACAGCUGACUCCUCCAAUCAGACUGCUUGGAGGAAAUGUUGAACUUGAACUGAUGGAGCAGUGGACUGGGUGUGUACCUCAACUAGUGAAAAUAGCACUUGCCAGUUUUUCACGUCCAGCCAAGAGAGGGCGCCAGAGAGUGCUGCUGUCAAUGUGUUCUUAGGUCUAAAGUGCUCGGCUAGAAACAAAGAGUAGGUUUUGAAGCUUUACACUGUGACCUCAGGACAGCACCAGUAGUGGCCUCAUAAAUACACACACAUUGAGCAUGUUGUGUUAAAAGUGUCUAGUUUAACAUGUAAAAUGGCAAAUGACGUGUGUCAUCAUCCAUCAAAACAUACAGUAGAGGCAUUUCUGUAUGAAGACACAUAGUAUGUACUUUAAACUUCAGUUUUUCCACAGCUUAGUUGUCUCUGUAUACUCAGAAUACUUUGUUAACUUUCCUUCGGAUAUACAAAAUAAAAGCCAUAUAAAAUACUUUAUUUACCCCAGCAUAGAAGUAUGGAUAUUAAAGCGGCUAUGCUUAGUACAAACAUCAAAGACAAAUUAAAACAAAUACAAAUUUUAAAACUUUAUAAAAACUGGUAUUGCCUAAAAGUGAAAUCUGCAAUGAAAAUAGAUCACAUCUGUAAACGAAUCCAUUGGAUACACAGACUGUACAUA